UAUAACAACAGGGAUCACAUGCUUGCAUGUGUUCAAUUUACUAAAAAUGUCAUUACAGACACCUAUGGAUUAAAAUAUUUUGAAGGUUUUGGUUCUUCUAAAAUUAUUGAAAUAAUUGGCAUUGACCACUGUGUAGGUUUUAUGUCAUUUAUACCACCAGAUAGAAAUUGCAAU